GCGGUCGAACGCUGUGCAAUUUUAAUCUUGCUUGAGCUGCACGUGUCAGUGAAUUUCUGUGUGCAUUUCUACCGAAGUAAGAUUCGUAGUUUUUCAUACGAGGCCGAGAUGUUGAAUGCAGAAAAGUGCGUCGAACACUGUGUUUCGUUUAUUUUUGCCAGUGAAAUGACAAAGUUUUAUUUAGCUCAGUGGAAAACUCGUGUGCAAUCUUUUGAAGUGAAUGUCGGAAGAACAUUCAAUAGAAUGCAAUAAGUGAAAUGGUGAAUUGAAACUGUGUUGAAUGCAGUAUGAUGAUGCAACGAAGCUUACGAGGAGACGGAAUUCGUGUAAUCGAUGGGAACGCGUGGCCUCAGAAAUGAGGGUCAGCUAGUUCGUGCCAAUACCGACAGAUGGCGCGGCGUGUCCCGGUUACCAAUGAUACGGGUCAAAAACAACAGAAGGUUCACUCGGCGUCUACGCAGCGCAUGUAAGAAGCACACGAGCGUAAAAAGAAGCCGCGUUCGGAGCACAUAUCGCAGAUUGUUUUUAUUACGAGUAUUGACUUAACUGAGAGCGAAACUUCGGAGAAAUGUUGACCACAUUUCAGGGGCUGCUGUCCAUCCUGCGUAAGCUGCGAUCGAAUCCGGACAGAGAGUUGAGGCUACUUUUACUAGGUCUUGACAACGCGGGGAAAACAACGCUCCUGAAAUCGUUGGCCAGUGAAGAUAUCACGCAGGUAACGCCAACCCAAGGCUUCAACAUAAAAAGCGUACAGAGCGAAGGGUUCAAGCUAAACGUCUGGGACAUCGGCGGUGCAAAGAAGAUAAGGCCGUACUGGAGAAACUACUUCGAGAACACGGACGUGCUGAUUUACGUCGUGGACAGCGCAGAUAUCAAGCGACUGGAGGAGACGGGGAGGGAAUUGGCCGAGCUUCUGAUGGAGGACAAGCUUCGCAACGUUCCUCUUCUCGUCUAUGCCAACAAACAAGACCUUGCCCAGGCCGUAACUGCAGCUGAGAUCGCCGAAGGACUUGGACUCCACAACAUCAAGGAUCGUGACUGGCAGAUACAAUCAUGCAUCGCGACGGAAGGGAAGGGGGUCAAGGAUGGUUUGGAAUGGGCCUGUAAAAGCAUCAAGAAAAAAUAGUUACCGUUGGGUUAGAAGCUUGGAAGACACCGUUGAAGUAUGCGAUGCGAAUUAGGACCGGGAAAAAAGGAAGCAUAGAAAAUCAAAAAGGAAACUUACAUAUCGAGAGCAACUUUUUGUUUUUCUUAUUGAACAAGAUUUAUGGUUUUUUUUUUUUUUUGCGUUACAUUUAUGUCGGGACUUUGUUUAAUAUAUUUACACGUACGUGGUUACACUCAAAUCCGAAAGAUCGAGAUUGGAAAAGAGACAAAGUCAAAAGUGAAUUAGAGUAAGGGUUAUCUGAACACUGAAUCCAACUAUCAACUUACCAAAGAAA